AUGUCGGAGGAACAGCACCAACAGCAUCAUCAGCAGCAAGAGCCAACACAAGCAGUUCUAUACGGAGGAAUAAUUGCAACAAACAAAAAUAAUAAUGAACCAACAUUAGAACAAUUACAACAAGAAAGAGAAAGAUUAAAAAAUAUUGAUGCUCAAUUAGAUAAACAAGUUAAUAUGGAAGAAGAAGAAGGAGAAUUUGAUAAUUCAACUCAAUCAUUUUUACCACAAUCAACUAUGGAUUUUCAAUUACCUCCUCAUCAAGCUCCACAACCAUUACAACAACAACAACAAUAUUCAUCAUCUGAUUCUCAAUCACAACAAUCUCAAUCACAAGAUCUGAAUACACAACAACAAUUUUUACAACAACAAAACUCACAAAAUCAACAACAACCACAUCCUCAACAACAAGAUUCAUCAAUACCUGGAACUUUAACUGAUGCAGAAAGACGAGACCAAGAUUCAAGAUCAAUAUAUAUAGGAAAUGUAGAUUAUUUAUCAACACCAUUAGAAUUACAACAACAUUUUUCAUCAGCUGGAAUAGUAAAUAGAGUAACAAUAUUAAUGAAUAAAUUAACUGGUCAACCAAAGGGAUUUGCAUAUUUAGAAUUUAAUGAUAUUGAUGGUGUCAACAAGGCAGUUGCAACUUUAGAUGGUUCAAUGUUUAGAGAAAGAGAAUUAAAAGUUAUGGCUAAAAGAACUAAUAUACCUGGUAUAAGUAUUCCAAGAGGUAAUUUAAGAGGAAGAGGUAGAGGAGGAUUUAGGGGUGGUAGAGGAGCAUUCAGAGGUGGAAGAGGUGGUGGUGGUUUCAGAGGUGGAAGAUGUGGUUAUCGUGGUAGUAAUCCAAGAUUUAACCCAUAUUGA